GAAUGGAAAUGUAUUGGAGAGACCAUAACAUGUGUCCGACUGAAGAGCAAUACUCAUCAAUGGUCCGCAAGAAGACGUGUCACGUAUUCAUUGGCGUAAAACUAAUGCAAUUGUUAAGCGAUUGCAAUGAAUUGGAUUUACAGCCACUGAUCGCUAUAAUGAGUGAAUACAUUCAGAUUAGAAACGAUUACCAGAACCUAACGUCGGAAGAGUUGCAAAAAAUCAAAGGGUUUUGCGAAGACUUUACUGAAGGAAAGUUCUCGUCGUUUCCUAUAAUACACGCGAUUCACAGCGAUCUCAACGACACUACAGUUAGCGAUAUACUACGGAUGCGAACUAAAGACAAGGCAUUGAUAGAAAAGGCACUGAAAAAGAUGCAGAGUUUGGGUUCAUUUGAGUAUACAUUGAAACGUCUAAAACAAUUGGAUGCAAUGGCUAGGGAUGCGGUGAAACGUCUCGGCCCUAACCAUAUGAUUGAACAAGCGUUAGAUUAUUUGCUUUAUAAUAAAAAA